ACAAAACAAAACCAACAAACACAAGGAUCAAAAGACAAUCCAAACACAAAACAAUCGCAUUUCUUUCGAGGAAACCAAACCAUGGCUCUAAGAUCUGGCAGAAGCUUUUCCCUGCUGGUUCUGGCAUGUGCCUUACUAGUGAUCAAGACCAAUGCCUUUCACUUGAAUUCUCCAGGGCAGAGACAAACUGACCUGGCCAAGCUUUCUCAGGCCAUUUCCACCACUGCCAAGCCAUCUCGAGUGGAGAUUGAAAAGGCUGCUGGACAAGGCGACAAACAACCCACCAAAAGCUCCAAUGAUCCUGGUCUAGCCGGAGUAAGCGGCCAGCAGACGGAUCCUAAAGCCGAGUGCAAGUGCUACACCAACUGCCCCCUUUUGACUCACAAUCCCGAAGUGAGAGAUCGCCUCGCCAAACUGACUGAAACCCGAAACUACCCAAUGUUUGUGGCUGAAAAGGCCGCCAAGUACCUGAUUGAUGACGUUUGGGGAAACAUGGGUGACAGUGUCGCAGCCAAGGAACGGCUGGUGAUUCUAGGUGCGGGAUGGGGAGCCGCGGCAGUCCUCAAGGGUAUUGACACGAAUCGAUACGACGUGACAGUCAUCAGCCCCCGAAACUACUUCUUGUUCACUCCCAUGCUUGCCGGAAGCGCCGUUGGCACAGUAAAUGUCAGGAGUAUCACCCAGCCCAUUCGAGAUUUCAAUGCCAAUGCCAACUACUUGGAAGCCGCAGCCAAGGAGAUUAACCCUGAGAAACAAAUCAUCAAGUGCACGGGCCUGACGGUCCAAGACAACUCCGAAAUUGAUGAAUUCGAGGUUCCCUACGACCGUCUGAUCGUUUCUGUGGGGGCUCGCGUCAACACCUUUGGGAUCAAGGGAGUCGAAGAAUACUGUUCUUACCUAAAGCAGGUGGACCACGCCCGCAAGAUACGUCGAAAGAUUGUCAGCCUGUUUGAAAGAGCUAAUUUGCCGGGAACACCAGAAGAGGAGAUUGAAAAGCUUCUGAGCUUUGCAAUAAUCGGUGCCGGUCCCACUGGAGUGGAGUUCGCGGGAGAGCUGAGGGAUUAUGUUGAGGAAGAAGGACCAAAGUACUACCCCCAUUUGUUGAAGCACGUCCGCAUCAAGCUGAUUGAAGCAACUCCGGUUGUGCUGCGGCCUUUCGACAAAACAUUGCAGGACGCCGCAGUGGAAGCAUUGACAAUCAAACCAUCCGGCAAUUCUGCCCAUCUGUUUUCAGAAGAGAUUGCUGAACUCGUCGUCAAUAAGAAGGUAAUGGAAGUAAGCCAGGACUUCAUCAAGCUGGAGGACGGGCGUGAUAUCCCGUACGGACUCGCUGUCUGGGCUGGUGGCAUUGGUCCCCUAGAGAUCACUCUCGAUUUGAUCGCAAGGAUUGGGGGACGUCAAGUCAUCAACCAGAACGUGGCCCGAGGAAAGCUUGCAGUGGACCCAUGGCAUCGAGUAAUUGAUGCCAAAGGCAAGAUUUUUGCCAUCGGUGAUUGUGCUGCUAACCAGGGUGGGCCGCUCCCCGCGACGGCCCAGGUCGCGGCCCAGCAGGGUGAGUUCUUGGCUCACAUUCUCAACGUGGGCAAUCACACUAUUGGUUUUGAGAACGGGGUUCAGUUGCCACCCAAAAAAGUGCUAGGACAAACCCAACUUGCCGACUCGAUUGCUGCCUUGUCCACCGGCGAGGAUGAGUACUUGGCACCAUUUCAGUACCUGGACUUGGGAGUACUCGCCUACACGGGUCGAUUCUCCGCCCUGGCGCAACUACAAAUGGCUCCAACCGAAGCUGGCCGCGUCAAGGCUAAGGGAAAGGUUGGGUUCGGUCUGUGGCGUUCGAUCUACCUCAUCAAGCAGACGUCGUUGAGGAAUCAAAUGCUCGUCUUCUUGGACUGGUGCAAGGCUCGCAUGUUUGGACGUGAUAUUACCUUGAUCGAUUAAAAUGCAGCCAACCAAAUGGCAACAACAAAGACGGAUCCUUCAACGCACAUUCUUGGUUCCUUUGACCUCUUCACUUUAUCGAGUAAGCAGGACUCUUUGUUUCUACCAGAAUCACAACCGACGUCAAUUUGGCAGACACCUACACACCUACGCACCAACACAAAACACCAACACAAUCUCUCACACAACAUACGUACAUACACGUAGGAAGCACAAAGGAUAUUGACGAAGAUGAACCAAACGUGGUACCGGAACUGUAUAAGGAAGUAGAUGAUCGUAAUCACACACAUGCAAAAAGUAGCCCAGAGUCGAGUCUUCGGACCUCAGAAUUCUUCUGUUUCAUGUAAUGUUGAUACGUUUUCGCUCGUGUGCUAGCUAGCUAGCUAGCUAGCUAGUAGGGCAGUGAAACAGAGCUGCAAAGUGAACCGACAAUCGUACCGGUAGGUUUGCGGUGGGCUGAAUGAAUUUUAAAUUGAAUCUAGUUUACCCCCUUUUCCUUCCCCAUUUCAACCCCCCUCCAGCCCCUGAGCUCUU